AUGGUCGUCGCGCUACGAGAACAGCAGCCAAAGAAGUCCAAGCUCUCCCUCUUCCGUCUGGGCAAGCCGUCAACAAAGUCCACCGCCUCACCUCCCAUCAGCCAUACCGUUCAUGAUGCGUUUUCAAACGACUUCACCUCGGACGAACCAUCUGCUCCGCGUCGACCCUCGCGGGAUAUCUCGUCUUCCACCUCUCGCAUUGUGCGAAGCUCUCGUCAAGCUACUAGCGAUACCAUGCCGGAUGUCGUUCCGGUCCACGUGCAGUAUCCACAGUCCGCCGACCUCUCCCGCAACUAUGACUGGGAUAUGACCUCGGAGGAUCAACACGAUAGCGCACGCCGAUACCGACGCUCUCGAGCAGACUCGGUCCCUCGCAAGGUCCACCCCGUCAACACGAUUCUCGCAUUUCCUGAGCUCAGCGGUCCCCGCUCAGCACCACUUCCCCCACAAAUCCGUAUCGACACCUCCCACACAACUAAACAUUCUCGACAGCGCUCGCACUUCAGCAUCCCCGACGUCAUCGUCACCGGCUGCGAGGAAGAGGGUCAGGAGGAGAUCGUCGAGGUCCAAAUCCCACCCAACAAGCGUCGCAGCUACAUCCUCACCGAACCAGCUGAAGAGCGCGGACGAGACCAUCGAAUCACCAAGAAGAGCAGUGCUGGCGUUGUCCGCAGACCGACUCCCUUAAUCUCGUUCAACUCGGACGAGAUGCGAACCAUGACUAGGAGCGGCUCGGACCCGAGCCUCAGCAGCAACUCGACCGUCUCGCCCACCGAUGCGAGCCCGACCUCGUACGCCGGCUCAAGCCUUCCUAAGGGGUCGAUGACCAAGAGAAGCCGCAAGCCGUCUUUCCCGAACAUCUUCGGACGUAAGAGCCUCGACUCGGCGCGAAGUAGUGGAGCUGGGUCAGCGUACACACCAGAGCCAUUGCCCGUCUCCCCCACCACGCCAACUUCGGCACCGAUCUUUGGCAGCGAUUCAUACAGGCCAAGUCAACCGGAUGGCCUGCUCUUCUCAUCCCACGACCCGUCAUCCUCUCGUUCCACCUUCACACAAGAGCGUAGCGGUCUACCAUCCCCACCCGUCACACCCACGUCACCACCUCGCGUCCCGUCCAAAAAGGAACUCAAGGCCAAAGCCAAAGAAGAACUCGCGCUGAUCAAAGAUCUCGAGCGCGUCAACAAGCUCGUGCGGCUGCACGACCUCAAAGCGCGCAAGGCGCAGGAAAAGGCGCAGGCCAAAGAGCAGAAGCGAGCUGCAAAGCUGGCACUCGUCAACGAGCAGUACCGUCGACCUUCUUACGAGAACAAAUCGUCUCCGGAUACCGUCAGUGGAGGUUCGUCUCCGUCCACACCCGUGCUUCGCAUCGCGAAACAGACCGUCUUUCAGGCAUCGACCAAGGUGUCAGCGUCGAAGAGGACGAGCAUUCGGAGCGCAGCAGAGGUGCGCGGUUUUGCCGGCGCUCGACGUGGAUCGGAGCCUACACUGUCGAACGCUCCUGAGCCUUCGUGCAACAUCACAGCGCCGAUGAGCGUCGAUCUACCCGCGAGCGAAAGAUUCGCUUUCACCCAGCCUCGACCUGCACCGCAUCCCCAGAGCUCGCCGACCUUUGCUGAAAAGAAACUUCCAUCCUCGCCUCGCGAGUCGUCACCGCUUCCCUUGCACCCGUCUCCACUCGCGCCGGCGCCGACAAAUCUCGCCGACGAGGCAUCAGAAGCCGUAGGGCAGGACACGCUCGAAGGCGAGCUCAGCUUCAACGACGACGAGUCUCACGCAUGGGAUCGGAUGAGCUGGUCCGACUUUUCGAGUUUCGCCUCCCCGUUGCCGAGCCUUGUACCGUCCAGCUCGAGCACGUUCGCCAUUGCGGGUCGGCACGAUGCCAGCCCGGACGAAGUUCAGUCGCGGCAGAUCAAGCGGGCGAGCGUGCAGCGUGUGCUCGCCCUGUCCGAUGCUGAGAGCGGCAAACGACACUCGGGUGCGGACAAACGUCGCUCUUCGCACUUCGACAGGCACUCGCUGAUCAACAGCGAAACCGGAAGCAAGCGCUCGUCUACGACCACCAAGCGUCGCAGCUUCAUUCGCUCCAUUGCCGCGGAUGAAGGAUGGGUGGUCGACGAGGGUCAAGACGACAGCAUGAUCGCUCAGCCGGACCACUCGAUUUCGCGCUGGGCGGAUUGGAUUGAAGAAGGCGAGGUGGAUCGCAUCCUGGCCGAACUGCGCGCUGCCCAGGCGGAUUGCAGCCAACAGAACGGGUCGCAGCAAACUGCAGAGCGCGCCGAGAGCAAGCUUUCGAACCAUGCAUAUCGGGAUGCGAGGAGAACAGACUCGCUCGCUUCACCAACAGAGAUGUCGGGCUCGUCGGUAUCCUCGCACGACACGGCGGAGAGCAAGUCCACUGCGGCCACUUCGGAGGGCGAUGAGGGCGGUGGAGCAGGUGGCUCGAAAGGCGUCUCUCGCCGUUUCUCGCCGUCGGUGGAUGAGGCGGACAAGGAGAAUUGCCAGCCCGGAGAUGCGGGUGGCAAAUCAGACUUCAGACUCUCUCUCGCCCUGGCACCGCUGCAACUGCAGUCGUUGGAGCUCUUCACUGGUGCCGAGGGAAGGUUGUGA